AUACAAUUCGCCAGGAAGACGUAACACUCAACAUGGGAAGAGCAAGCCCUGGCACGUUGUGAGGCCGAGCAUCGGUCUGCAGUUCGAGGUGAUGAUCAUCAUGUAUAAUAAGAGCAAUGGCUCCCUAGCUCCGACUUAUGGUUCGCGUCUUAUACGCUUCCGUAUUGGAGCAUCCAAAUCCAUUGAUUAUUGGGCUGUGUCUGAGGCAGGAUGAAGCAACAUUUCAGCGAAGAAGAUGGUAUCGAUAGGGACUUCUGGACUAAGAAAUAUCUCCAAGGACGUCCCAACCUCGCAGAGGCCACACUCCAGCGUAUCUGGAAGUAUCAUGCCGAUAAGGGCGGGAGUUUUGGUCUUUGCCACGAGCCUGGUGCCGGAUCAGGCGUGCACACCAGACGCAUUGCGGAAAAGUUUGAGAGCGUCGUAGCUUCAGACCUCGGAGCAGCACAUGUGGCGCUGGGAAAGGAGAGGCAUGCUGAUCUGCCCAAUGUCGAGUUCCGCGUUGGCAAUUCCGAGGAUCCGGCAGGCAUGGGUCUGCAGAAAGCAAGUGUUGAUCUCGUUCUGGCCAUCAACUUUAUUCACUUCGUCGACACGGAUGCCAUACUGCGGGCAGUGGACUAUCAACUGAAGCCUGGCGGCACAUUUGCGGUGCUCGCGUUCUGUCAAGUAUUCGUGCUUGACCAAAACGCCCGACAGGUAUGGAAUCAGCUCUGGAAUGCCGUGUGUCAUAAUUCCACACUGCGACAAGGGCACGACAGCGUGUAUGAGACGCUCUGGUACAAAAAGGCCGCAUGUGGCUACGACCAUUUGCCACUUCCCGAGUCCAUCUUCGAGCCUGGCGCGGUGAGGUUCAGAAGCGGGUCCAAGGACAACUGGCCUGAUGCUUAUUUGGCCAAGAAUGUUUCGGAUCCUUUGGAAUCGGGGUGCGGGAAGAAUGAUAUAUUGAUGACCGAUGUCGACACUGAGGACUGGAAAGUCGAAGUUGGGGUAUCGGAACUGCGGAAAUUGCUAUACUCUGUCAUCCCAUUCGAAGAGACAGACGAGGUAGCAGCCUUGUGGAAGCAAUUAGAGGAUGAACUGCAAGAUCGCAGAGUAGAGUGCCUUGUUCCUGUGACUGGCAUUCUGGCGACGAAGAAGAGAUAGGACCGCGGGUGCUUGGGAAUAGUGCGAGACCUGCCUGUGUCGCGGCUCAAGCCCAUGCUGCAGGCAUCUGAUAAAGGUAUCGUUAGCAUAAUUUCACAAAUUGAUACCGAGACGCGUCGUGGUGGGAUGCUGAGUCAGAGAGAAGAUUAGGCUGUCGACAGUAGCCAACCCAAGAGCUACAGCGGAUAAGUGCGGGAGCCAAAUCCAGGAGCAGUCACCUGUCCAGCUUUCCGUCUAAGGAUGACUGUUUGUUUCAUCAUAUAAAAGGUGCAGAGAUA